AAUUCUUGCUCUGCUUGCAGUUAUGCCAUAUAACAGUGCCCAUCACUGCGUUGUGGAAGUGGAAAACUUCUUGUUCGUGCUGGGAGGAGAAGACCAAUGGAACCCUAAUGGGAAACACAGUACAAACUUUGUUAGCCGAUACGAUCCCAGGUUUAACAGCUGGAUACAACUUCCACCCAUGCAAGAGAGGAGAGCCAGUUUCUAUGCCUGCCGCCUUGACAAGAACUUGUAUGUAAUCGGUGGAAGAAAUGAAACUGGCUACUUGUCCAGCGUUGAGUGCUACAAUCUGGAGACAAAUGAGUGGCGUUACGUGUCUUCAUUACCACAACCUUUGGCAGCUCAUGCAGGAGCCGUUCACAAUGGCAAGAUAUAUAUUUCAGGAGGUGUUCACAACGGAGAAUAUGUGCCCUGGCUGUACUGCUAUGACCCUGUGAUGGACGUCUGGGCCCGAAAACAGGACAUGAACACAAAAAGAGCAAUCCACACUUUGGCUGUAAUGAAUGAUCGACUGUAUGCAAUUGGAGGAAACCAUUUGAAAGGUUUCUCCCAUCUUGAUGUAAUGCUGGUGGAAUGUUACGAUCCAAAAGGUGACCAGUGGAAUAUCCUCCAGACUCCUAUUCUGGAGGGUCGUAGUGGCCCUGGCUGCGCAGUCCUUGAUGACAGUAUUUACCUUGUCGGAGGCUACAGCUGGAGUAUGGGAGCCUACAAAUCUUCUACUAUUUGCUAUAGUCCUGAGAAAGGGAGUUGGACAGAACUAGAAGGAGAUGUUGCAGAGCCACUUGCAGGACCUGCCUGUUCAACUGUCGUAUUGCCAGCCUGCGUCCCGUACAACAAAUGAGAGUCAAGGAGCACUGACAUGAACACUGAUUGCAUUUGGGAAAAUAAUGACGGGUGACGUAAAUAUUUUAUUAGAACAGAAUUCCUGUUAAAACAAAGCUACCAUAAUUGACCCCUCAUGCCAUAUUUAUGCUUUAGGAGCAAACUAAAAGAAAAGAAAAAAUAAACGUUGUCCCAUCUCAGAUAGAUGCCGGUGUCUUAUGAAGCAAGUAGCUAAAACACACCGAACAUUACAUGCCAACAGACUACCAUUUCAGACUGAUUUAAACUUUUCCUGCUGCAGAGAUACUCCUCACGUCAAAUUUAACUUUAGAAAAAAAUGAUGGCUAACUGUUCAAAUACAGCCUGAAGAGACAAGAUCAGUAUUGUGCAUUGUAUCUACCUGCAUGUGAUCUGUGUUGAAGUCAUGAGGAUGUUGUUUUCAUGAAUGCUUCAGAAUUCAGAUAGUGAAAAGCUCACACUGCAUUGCAGAAUUGUCUCCUCCUCUGUAAUCCUAACCUACAGCUACUUCACAUGCUCUGCAAGCAACACAGCAUCAGAAGAUUAUAAAAGGUAAAGAAAUAUCAUUCAGUUUUUGCACAGCUUGGCAACUAAUACACUCUGCCUUCAAAGUCCCCAUGUGUAAGUGCAGCAGAAAGCAGACUACAAUGAAAGCCAUGCUUUACAGAGCACUUCUUGCAAUAGCAGCUUAGGGAUUAGGAUCAAAUUCUUCUAAUCACACUUGUGUAAAGUCAGAGUCAUUUCACUGAAAUCACACGGAGUGACUGUUUUUGCAUUUGUAUAACAGAAAUUGAGUCCUACACCUUAAAAUCUGGGUUUGUAAAGUAAGCUAUUUCUAUGACCACUUAGCAAAACACCAGACCCCUUACCUACUUUUCACUAACCUUUUAGAUAGCAGCAUCUGUUCUAGUUGCUUCCAAAGACCAAAAAAAAUGGAUUUGAUUAUAAAUUUAUUACUUUGGACUCUGAAAUGCUUAUGCACAUUUUUUGGAGAGAUGCUGGUAAGUAGUGAAAAUAGUCCUGUGUGGUUGAUCUUCAGAUGUACUCUGAGAGAUUUUUACCAUUGAUCCAAAGUAAUGCAAGGUUAGACUUUCCACUGCCUUAUGGCCUGUGUAAUUAUUUACACAUUGCAAAGUGAGUUCAGAAUGCUACCACAUGGGACCAGUAGCAUUUAGGACUUGCUUCAGGAACUCACAGUUGUGUGCACAAACCAGACUGCCUGUAUGUUAAGCUUAUGUCUUUCUGACCUGGCUUUGCAAAAGCAGUAGCAAAAUCUGAGCCUAAUUUUUCACCACCUUGCAGUUAACAAACAUAUUCGUUUGCACCUCAGUAAAGUAUAUGCAUAAUUCUUCCAUUUUACUGGUGCUGCAUCCAUUACCCUCAGGACCAUCCUCUUUGCAGGUAUAAACUGACAUUGCUGCAUUGAAGCCAAUGGAUGUACUUUAUGUCAGCUAAGUGUCUGGCCUUUAAUUUGCGUAGUUGUAGCUGGCUGCACCAGAUAAAAGGCAAAGGAGACUCAGAUCCUGCAUUUUCAACCCUGCACAUAUCUUUCAUGACAGGACUUAAUGCUAGUGCAUUAAACAAGGAGCAGGCAACUACUGGAGGUUGGUGUCUGCUGCAGAGGCAAUAGAUGGGAGAAAGAAUUCAUUAUUUGCUUUGCAAAAUAGAAAGAGGAUGAAUGUACACAGAAAUUACACUAUAUAUUGAUGCUUGAGAGCAAUAUAAAUAACGGAUAGCAAAUACCAUGGGACUGUUUCUCUCUGGCAUUAGUCCAGUUUUAUUGCAGUGCAACUCCCUUGCUUGCAGCAGAAUUACACAAGUUGUAAAAUUGGAGUAAUGCAGUAAAGACUGAUAAUACACGAAUGCAAUAAUCCAAUUGAUGAGGCAGCUGCAAGCCUGGGGGAAAAAAAUUGUUUAAACAAAAUAAUUAUCUGAAGAUGCUAAUAUUUGAAUGUGCUGUUGGGGAGUUUUCCAGUGAGCAUCACUAAGGAACUCAUAAAGGUGGAGUGUAUAUCCUGAAAUAUCAAUCCAUUUCUACUAUAUAGUGCAAUCUUAGUUGGUUUUGUAUUUAUUUAUAUUGUUCAGAUCCAAGGGAUCCCUUGUAAAAUAUAUUUGGUGCAAUCAUGACUUUUGUUUUCCUUUCCUGUUGAAAGUAUAUAAAUAUAAAUAUAUAUAAAAAGGAAACUGUUAAGAUACUAAAUGAGGAAACCUUGAAUGACAUUCAAGAUCAGGAUAAGGUCUGCCACUAACCACUGUCACCUGUCUCUACUAAAAUGCACCAUUUUUAAAGGAUAUUUGUUGUCCUUUUAAGUGGUUCUUUUUUUUUUAACCAAGAUAAUUUAGAGAUUUAUGAGGACUGUAUGUAAAUCUUUCUAUCUUUCAGGAAGGCAUGACCAAGGAAAAAGUGCUAACUGAAUAAGUCACACAAAGAAUGUAAAUUUUGUACAGUACUAGACUGUGUAAAUGAAGCUUGCUUGUAGGGGGGAAACUUUAAAUAAAACUUUAUGUACUAAUUCAACUGUCUGCCAUAUUCCUACUUAUAAAGUGUAUGUAUAAAUAAUAUCUACAUUAAAUUCUUUGGAACUUUUUUUAUCAU